AUGCACGCCCUCUCAAUCGCCUUCACUGCCUUCGUUGGUGCUGCUGCUGCCAGCGUCAAUGGUCCCUGGCAGAGCCACAGCUCCUGGGGUACCGCUGCCUCCAGCGACGUUACCACCCCUACCCCUAGUCUCUCCGGGAGCAGCGCCCUCCCAUCAGGCACUGGAUCCGUCAAGCCCAGCGGCACCGGCGGCUACGGCACUACUGAGACGGCCACCAUGACCACCUUUACUACAGUCACCACUUGCCCUGUUACUUCGACCAAGACCGACCACGGAUCCACCUACAUCACCACCUCCUUGACCACCUCGACCAUAACCGUCACCUCUUGCAAGGCCGGCUGCCACCACUCGACCGCUGCUCCCAACUCGACCUACGUCCAGCCGACCGACAAGCCCACCACCGCGCCGAAUGGCACCUACGUCCCCUCGGGCAAGCCCACCACCCUCCCGACCGACAAGCCCACCACCCUCCCCACCGGCAAGAUCACCGACAAGCCUACCACCGCCCCCACCGUGAAGCCGACAACCUCCGAGUACGCCCCCGGCACCACCCCGUUCGUCACCACCAAGAUCUACCCCACCACCAUCAUCGACACCAUCACCUCCUUCGUCCCUUGCUCCACCCCCGUCGGCCACCAGGGCACCAGCACCUGGUACUCCACCUGGCUGACGCCCACCUACAUCCCCCACACCACCGUCUCCGACUGCACCACCGUGACGACCCUGCUCCCCGCCCCGACCGGCAGCAACAACGGCGGCGGCAACAGCGACGUCUGCCCCCCAGCCAUCACCGUCACCCUCGCCCCCAACGGCUCCCCCGUCCCCGUCCCCACCGUGACCGCCUACGUCACCGUCAGCAUCGGCCACGACGGCAAGCCCGUCACCGUCUCCGGCCCCGUCGUCACUCAGACUGGUGGUAGUCAGACGCAUGAGGGCGGCGCGGCUUCUUCCAGUACCGGCAACCAGGGCCCUAACCCGACGAGCAAGCCGCACUGGGGAAGCACGACGACGACGACCGAGGGAUCCGCCGGGCCUACGGGUACGGGAAGCCCGUCUGCUGGCGUGGGGAGGAAGUGGUAG